AUGUCUGUUGAAAUUGAUCCCCAGGAGCUUGGCUUCCACCGUCCCUUUACUUCGGAGGUGUCGGAGGUGCUGAAGAUUAAGAACCCCAACUCUACACCCGUUGCUUUCAAGGUCAAAACCACCGCGCCGAAGCAAUAUUGUGUCCGACCCAACUCGGGGCGGGUCGAGCCUGGCAAGGAGGUUGAGGUUCAAGUCAUUCUCCAGGCAAUGAAACAAGAGCCUCCCCUGGAUACAAAAUGCCGCGACAAGUUCCUCGUUCAGUCCGUCGCAAUCUCCAGCGACAAGGAGUUUAGCAACCUGGCAGCCAUCUGGGAUGGUAUCGACAAGUCUCAGGUUCAGGAGAAGAAAAUCAGAGUCGUCUUCCUUGCUCCUGGCGGCGCAUCACACAGCUCUGCUGCAGAGCCCCUGUUGGCUACGCCAAACAGAGCCUCUCUGGUCAAUGGCCACGAGGAUACUCCCGAGGCGCCGCCUGCAUACCAAUCGCCAACCGAUUACGCCAGGGCCUCUCCAGUCCCUAAAGGAGAGACGGUUAAGCAUGAAGAUGAUACCGCUUCCACCUCUGCUGCCGGUGGCGUGGCUGCCGUUGUUUCUGCAAAGGCGUCUGAGACGUAUGAGGAGCUGAAGUCUCAGCUCUCGCAGGCACAGCAGACUAUUGCACAAUUGCAGAAGGAUACGGCAUCUGGCUUGAGGCAACGCAAAGCAACCAGCAGCGAUUCUGCUGCAUCCUCAUCACAGUCUGCUCAGCUUGGCCAACAAGUGCGCCAGGCAACUGAGGGCGUCCCUGUUAAGAUCACGGCGAUCCUAUGCCUGGUUAGUUUCCUGCUGGCUUAUCUCUUCUUCUAG